ACCGGAAAAAGAGGAACAUAUCAUUAUUGGUUUUCAUCUUCUCAAGUAACCCAAUAUUCACUUAUUUAAUUGUUUAAUUGUUUCAACAAUAUGAGAUCGAAGCUUUGCUUUUGCUCUUUAUUUUCAAUUUGGCUUAUGACUUAUAUUCAACUAGGAAUAACAUUGGAAAAUCCAAUAAUUCUCUAUGCAACUGAAGCUUUCUUCCUAAUCAUCAAUAAUGGACCAUUUCAUGAGACUGUUAAUUCUCAAGAUAAAUUUGAAUUUAUUCCAUCAAUCGAAGGAUUUCCCGAUUUACCUGUUUGGAUGUAUUAUCGUUUCCCUGCUGAUUCUAAAUAUGCUUAUCUUUAUGGAACACCUCCAUCGGCAGGAAAUUUCAGUGUCGAAGUGAUAGCAAUUAACAAGCGAACUUACGAUACUUACCGUGAUUCAUUCAAAUUACAAGUCUUGCAAAGGGAAAAUUUAGCUCAAUACGAGUUACAGUUCAAAUUGACCAAUUUAAAUGUGGAAAAUAUGUUCAAUUCACAAAGAUUAGCUGAUUUAAUUUCAAUCUAUCGCGAUACUCUUUGGAAAGAGUCAAAAGAUAUUUAUUUCUCAAAGAUAGUCUCUCCACGGGAUUUAGGAGAUCGAUUGCCAGCAAACCCAAAAGAAAAGGAAGGAGUAAUUAUCAGAAUUGGAAGUACCAACAAUUUUUCCCGAGACUUGUUUGACUUGGAACGUGAGGUUGAACCCAUCAAAAAUCGUGAUCCUUGUCCUUCUCGAUACAAGUUCACUCGAUUCGAACAUUAUUUUCGAAGUAAACAAUUUUUUUGUGAUUGGUGCAGCUUUAAAAUGAUCAAAGAACCAAUUGUUUACCAAAUUGUUGACAAUGAAAAUAACAACACUGAGCAAAUGGAAACUCUUUCCGUAAUUAUGCCCAUUUGGCCUGCUAAUUUUACUUCCAUUCCAAUAGCAGUAAUCAACUACAAUUACAGAAAUUAUCACGAUGAUAUAUUGUAUUGCAUUUACAUUCCAAUAGGUAUUUGUUUCAUUGUCACACUUCUUUUAUUACCAAUGUUAUUUACUAAAGACAUAACUACUCCUGAUACAUUAACGGAACCUGAAUUAACCAAAUAUAGAUCACUCGAAAGAGCAACUUCUCAAUUGCGUGAACUUUCUCAUAAUCCAACCAAAUCACCGCUUAACCACACGAAAAUUUCACCGCAACCAUCAAUACUCACAAUAGAAAAUAAACCAGAAGUUACCAAAGAAUCACACAGCUAUUCAACAUUACCUCGCGCCGAACAUCGUAAACAAUCUGUUGUUAGUGAACGAUAACAAAUGAAUAAUUAUGUUUCGCAGUGGUAAUACUGAGUAAACCAGCGUUUGAUGAACCAGCUGAUGUGGCUCGACUAAUGCUGAAUAAAGGAGCCCACCAUUGACUGAAGUUUGCCUUACAGAGAUCUUGAUUAGAACACUAUUGGUCCAGUUGAGGAUGAACUUGAUUCGUAUUCAACUAAUGAUUGAUUAUUUACACCACUAACAGAUGAGUAAGAUGAUUGUCCGAGACCGGGAAUAGUGUAACCAUUAAGGCUACGAACAGUAGCUAGGAGAAAAAUUGUUACAAUAAAGUUAUUCAAUGUUGCUAAAUUGACUAGCCAUAACAAAGUAA